AUGGCCGGCGGCGGAAGCAGAUACCGGCACUUGAGUCGCAACUCUGCCCACCGACAGGCCCUGCUGCGGAAUCUAGUGACCUCGCUCUUCGAGCAUGAGACUAUCACAACGACAUGGCCCAAGGCCAAGGAAGCCCAGCGGCUUGCCGAAAAAUUGAUUACGCUGGGCAAAAAGAACACGGAACAGAGUCGAAGACGGGCCUUAGAGAUCUUCUAUAAACCCCACGAAAUCAUCCCUAAACUCUUUGGUCCUAUCCGUGAACGCUAUGCCGACCGACCGGGCGGCUACACGCGUGUGCUCCGGUGCGAACCCAAGGAAAAAUUCGAAUACUACUCCGUCGCGAAAGGCGACAAGAAAGCCCCUGUCCGCAAGCCGAACGACCAGGCCCCGAGCGCUAUCUUGGAGCUUGUUGACGGGCCAAGGGAUAUGCGGUUUGCCAUGACUGCGCGCGCGGUCGCCCGCCAGCGCUCGCGGGGCGAGCAGGACAUAUGGGGGUUGGCUGCGAUGAAUGUGCGCAAGGUAACGCGCUUCCGCAAAGACGGAGUGGAAGAACUUGAGAGUGCGAUCUCGAAAUUGGAGAUUGAAAAAGCGAAGAAAUCUGCAAAGGAGAGCAAAGCGGCCGAGAAGAACAAGGUCGCUGAGGCGGAUGAAGUGCACGCCCGACCCCAGAAGCCAUAA